UUCAAAAAUACCGGAAGAAUUUGAGGUUUAUCAAUGGCGGAGGUUAGGCGAGUAGAAGAAGGUUUGGUCACCAAGGAAGAACUCCGGGAUGAGAAAGACGAGAAAAUAAGUGGCGAAGAACGUGAUGUUAAAGAGGUGAAAGCAAAUCCAAAAAGCAACAGAAUUGCUACAUUAGAUGCAUUCAGAGGCCUUACUAUUGUGCUCAUGAUAUUGGUUGACGAUGCUGGUGGUGUAUAUGCACGUAUUGAUCAUUCACCUUGGAAUGGUUGUACUUUGGCGGAUUUUGUUAUGCCCUUUUUCCUCUUCAUCGUGGGGGUAGCAAUUGCGCUUGCUUUCAAGAGAGUUCCAAAACAGCAAGAUGCAAUCAAAAAGAUUGUAAUAAGAACGCUGAAGCUACUAUUUUGGGGUAUAAUUCUCCAAGGCGGAUACUCUCAUGCUCCGAAUGAACUAGCUUAUGGUCUUGACACGAAGCAAAUUCGCUGGUGUGGUAUCCUCCAGAGGAUAGCUCUGGUGUACCUAAUUGUGGCAUUAAUAGAGGCGCUGACGGUAAAGAUGAGGCCAACAGUUCUAGGCUCUGGAUAUUUCACCAUAUUCACUGCAUAUCGUUGGCAAUGGAUUGGAGGCUUCAUCGCAUUUAUCAUUUACAUGAUCACUACAUUUGCCUUGUACGUUCCUGACUGGACUUACACGUAUUCGGACGAUGAUGCUUGGGAUUUUCAGGUGAAAUGUGGAAUGAGAGGCGAUCUAGGACCAGCGUGUAAUGCAGUAGGUUAUGUGGACAGACAAGUUUGGGGUGUUAACCAUCUGUAUAAUCAACCUGUAUGGAUCCGAUUAAAGGCUUGUACACUGAGUUAUCCUGAAUCCGGUCCACUUCGCGAUAAUGCUCCUAGUUUUUGUCUUGGUCCUUUUGAACCAGAAGGCUUAUUGAGUUCGAUUUCAGCCAUUGUCUCAGCUACAAUUGGGGUGCAUUUUGGCCAUGUUCUUAUUCACUUCAAGGGUCACGUUGAGAGGCUUAAACAGUGGGUAUCGGUGGCGCUCAUCUUCAUAGUUGUAGCCAUAAUUCUGCAUUUUACAGAUGCCAUUCCAUUGAAUAAGCAAUUGUACAGCUUCAGCUACGUUUGUUUUACAGCCGGUGUAGCCGGUAUCGUAUUUUCCGGUUCCUACAUCCUGAUUGAUGUUUGGGGAUUUCGAACACCAUUUCUAUUCCUAGAAUGGAUAGGGAUGAAUGCAAUGCUAGUUUUUGUACUAGGAGCUCAGGGUAUCUUAGCUGCAUUCGUAAAUGGAUGGUAUUACGGAACCCCUGCAAAAUCACUCGUACAUUGGAUACAACAACAUGUUUUCAUUAAUGUUUGGAAAUCACAGAAAGUGGGAACGCUGUUAUACGUGAUUUUCGCCGAGAUCACUUUCUGGGGUGUAGUCUCCGGCAUCUUGCACAAAUUGGGCAUUUACUGGAAGCUAUGA